AUGGCUGCCAUAAACAUGAUUUCCGAGCUCAAACCGUAUCGAACCAACUGGAAGAUUAAGGCUAAGAUUCUACGUCUGUGGAAACAAGAGUCACCAUAUGGUGCAACAUUGGAACUUAUCCUUGCUGAUUCAAUGGAAAACAAAAUCGGGGCCACAAUCAAGAAACAAUUUUGGUUAGAGUUCCAGAACGUUCUCUCUGAAGGAGACAAAAAGCUGAUUCGAAAUUUCUCAGUCAGUCAAACUGUGGGUGCUUAUAAGAGCACUGACCACACCUACAAGAUAUUAUUUUUCCAAAAGACGUCAGUUGAGGAAUGUGAUCAAUUACCAGACACAUUAACUGGCUGGCGCUUUGCUAACUGUAAUGACAUUACUAAUGGGACAUUGGGAAUCGAGUAUUUGGUUGAUGUGAUUGGCCACAUUGCCAACACUACAGAUCUUCAAACUUUUGAAAACAUGAGAAAGAAACCAAGAAACUUACAUUACGCUGAGACAGUGAACGACUAUGUGAAGAACCAUAACAGCACCAAUAUCAUAUUAGUUGCGCAAUUUUGUCGGACCAGUCAGUGGACAGAAGUGUGGAGUGUUACUAAUGCAUUCAAUUGCACUAAAGUUUUUCUUGACUCAACACAUCGAGAAGUUGUGGAGUUUAGGGCUAGCCUACCACAAGAUGGACUUGCUUUAGCCAUUAUUGAACCCAGGCAAUUGUCAUCUUGCUCCUGUGCUACUGAGGAUUUUUUCAUGGAAAAUCCUCCAAAACCUCUAGGAGAGAUUCGUGAAUCUCAGGAGCUAUUAAAUAAAACUUUGCCUUUACUUACCUUACUCA